AUGAGCUCAACGUCGCUCGAUGUCGUUCGAGGGCUGUCAUUCACUCUGCUGUCUGACUGGACCACAAUCCUUUCGUUGAUCUUCGGAGGAUGCUGCAGCAAUGCUCUGACGCUUGAGCAGAUUACAACUGAGUACCCAUAUUCUGGCAGCCUCAUCACAUUCUGCCAGUUUCUUGUGGUGUCUCUCUAUGGAUUGCCGAAAUUCGUGGUGUGGAAGCCAUAUCCUCACCUCAAACCGCGCCAAAUACCCAUCUGGCCCUAUCUCGUCCAAGUACUGCUGUUUUACCUCAUCUCAUUGCUGAACAAUGCUGCGUUUGGAUACUCCAUUCCGAUGACGGUGCAUAUCAUAUUCAGGAGCGGAGGACUGGUGGUCAGCAUGUUGCUGAACUGGAUGCUGCUGAGACGCCGAUACACCAUCCUGCAGGUCUUUUCCGUACUCGUUGUGACGCUGGGGGUCGUUCUGACGACUAUGUCCGCGUCCGGUCCCAAGAAACAGUCGACGUCUGGCGCGAUCGACCCACUCGCGUACGCGAAGGGCAUCUCGCUCAUGACUGCUGCCCUCGUUCUCGGAGGUUUCCUUGGGAUCGUCCAGGACAGGACGUAUGCGUGGUACGGUCAUCGCGAAAGUCCAGGGUCCAAAAGCGAAUCUCUCGCGCAGAAGAGCAGCGGCCCGCCAUGGCAGGAAGCGAUGUUCUAUCUCCAUUUCCUCUCCAUGCCCAUGUUCUAUCUCAUAAGGAAGGAUAUAGCCUCACAAUUUAGAGCGAUAUCCACUGGGCCGAAGCUCGAGCUUUCCCUCCCAGCCUUCCUCCUGAAUACAAAUCUAACCCCACCUCUCAUUUCGACCUUCGACUUCGGGGAUGCGAGCGUGUCUUCUGGCACAUUGACGAUACCCACCGCAUAUAUUCCUCUUUUCCUCAACACCAUCACACAGCUGUUCUGCGUCUCUGGUGUCCACCAGCUCUCCGCACGCGUUUCAUCGCUCACGGUCACCCUCAUGCUUGUUGUUCGCAAAGCGGUUUCACUCAUCAUCAGCGUCGUACUGUUUAGCGGCACGGGACGUGUACCGACGGGCAUGAAACUGAUUGAGCUCUGGGCGGGCGCUUUGCUGGUGUUUGGAGGCACAGUCGGGUAUUCGCUUGGAGGAAAACAACGCCCGAAGGCUAAAGAGAAGGCGAAGCAGGAGUGA